UUUGUUUUAAAUUUAUAACCAUAACAUUAAACAUUAAUUGCAGGUUCCAAAAAUACUUCACCUGGGCUUCAUUAUUUACAGCGGCUAAAAAUAUUUGUAAUCAAUACAGCAGCUUCGCAGAUUUCUUUAUUUACAUAUGAAAUUGAAAACGCCAUGUGCGACAGAUUGGAGCAAGAAUGCAGUCGAGAAGUUGUUGAUGACAAACGACCAACAUUUGGGAACCGUUUCUUAACUAACGAUGUCGAUGUUUACACGCACAAUGCUUGGUAAAUAUAAUUAUAUACGAGUAAUUGAAAAGUGUUGCAGACGUUAUUUCUCUACUGAAUGGGAAUUUACACGCCAUCGCAAAAAACCUAAAAGCGGCGGCAGAGUACUUACAAAACCAAGUGAUGCUUUUCAAUUUAAUGCGUGGGAUAACGUAGAAUGGGAUGAGGAACAAGAGCAAGAAGCACGCCAAGCUGUGCUUAAAAAUUCGACUGAAAAAAUGUCUACAGAAAAUCAACUAAAAUAUCAACAAGAAGCUGAUAAAUUUUGGGAUACUUUCUAUGAUAUACAUCAAAAUCGUUUCUUCAAAGAUAGACAUUGGCUUUUCACGGAAUUCCCAGAGUUAGCGCCACAAAGCAAUGACAAAGACAUAAACUUAGCACCACGUACUAUCUUCGAAUUGGGCUGCGGUGUUGGUAACACAAUUUUGCCAAUAUUAAAAUAUAGCAAAGAGCCACGAUUAAAGGUAUAUGGUUGUGAUUUUUCAGCUCGUGCAAUUGAAAUACUACAAACACAUCCAGAAUUUGAUACAGGACGUUGUCAUGUAUUUGUUAUGGACGCAACCAGCGACAAAUGGACUGUGCCAUUUGAAGAAAACUCACUGGAUGUGAUUGUUCUCAUAUUUGUUUUGUCUGCAAUCGAACCAGCAAGAAUGCAAAAUGUGGCUCAAAAUUGUUUUAAAUAUUUGCGUCCUGGUGGAUUAGUACUCUUUCGUGAUUAUGGUCGUUAUGACAUGGCGCAAUUGAGAUUUAAAAGCGGCAAAUGUUUGCAAGAUAACUUUUAUGUGCGCGGCGAUGGUACAAUGGUAUACUUCUUCACACAGGAGGAGUUAAGGGAUCUGUUUUGCAAUGCCGGUUUUAUGGAGGAGCAAAAUGUAGUCGAUCGUCGUUUGCAAGUUAAUCGUGGACGUAUGUUGAAAAUGUACAGAGUUUGGAUACAAAAGAAGUUUAAAAAACCAGUUAACAACGAAGAAUAAGCGCUGACGAUAUUAUUUGUAUGUAAUGAUUGUAUAUUGUUAAAUAAAAAUUAUUAUUUGAAUAUAA